CUGCCCUGGUGGCUUCGCGCUGUUGCUUUCGCGUGCAAGGACGGCGGGCAGGUAUGAAGAAGGCAGAGCAACGGAGAUGGAGCGUGAGGAUAUGGAAUAUUGGUGGGGCAGCGAUUUCCUUGACAGGCAGUCUGGAAAGACAUUUCCACAUAAUCUCAGAGAGCCUGAAAUGGAAACUAAGGAAGAUCUGAGAAGAAAACUCCAUCAAGCCAAAAAGGAGAAACUGGAUAUAACCGCUAAACAUAACACAGAGCUAUCAAACUAUGAAAGUCAGAUUGCCAAAUUGCGAGCAGAAGUUGAGAAAGGUGAGGCUGUUCGACAAAGCCUGGAAUAUGACCUUGCUAUUGCAAGGAAAGAAGUUGGCAUAGAACGGUAUUCCUCAGAAGACAAAUUAUGUGAAGCAAACAAACAUGUUGAGCAUCUUCAAGCAACAAUCAGAGCCUUUCAGCAGAAGUUGAAUGAGAUGGAGAGAAGCUAUCACAUAGCUAAGCAGCAAUGGGAGGAAAAACAGCAGAGGCUUAUGAGUGACAUAUCAGAGAAAGAACUCAUUAUCAAUACCUGCAACAAUGAAUAUGAGUUGCUUUUAAAGGAGAGGACUAAACUGGACAAUAUUUUGAAGGAGACCAAGGAACGACACAAGGAGCAAAAGAGCCUGAUAGAGUCAGAGAUCAGGGAGGAGACAGCAGAGGAGAUUAGGUGUCAGGCAGAGCGGUGGAAAGGAGAAAGACAUGAAUUGGAGUUUUUGUUACAGGAAAGUAACAAUGCAAUGCAGAACGCUCACAAGAAAAUGCAAGACGUGGAACUGGAACAUAGCAGCUGUUCUGAAGUGCUGAGGCGGCAGGCCAAUGAACUUGAAUUCAGUGGUGAACGGGAGGCUCGACUUAAAAAAGAACUUGAGGUAGCUACAGCGAAAAUAAAGAAACUGGAAGAAAACAUUGAGGCAGAAAGAGCGGCACAUCUGGAGUCAAAAUUUAAUUCUGAAAUAAUUCAGUUAAGGAUUCGAGACCUUGAAGGAGCUUUGCAAGUGGAGAAGGCCAGCCAGGCAGAAGCGCUUUCUGAUUUGGAAAUGAUCAAAGUCAAAUUUAAAGAGGUAGAAAAUGCCUAUGAGAGAGAAAAGCGCAAUGCUCACGAGAGCUUUGAAAAAAUCAACAUGCUAGAAAGGGAGUAUAUUUCCAUAAACAAGCGAUUAAAUGAAGAGAUAGAAGAAAAGAAGAAAGUAAUUAUAGACCUCUCAGAGAGACUCCAGAAUAAUGAAAAAAGUUACAAAGAAUUACAGGAUGAACGUCUCCUGGCCAAGAAACGGCAAGCCUUCCUAACAGAGACGUGUGAAAACAACGUGAGAGAGCUGGAGUUACUCUUGGACAGCUUUACUGUGUCAGGCCAGUGGACAGCAGGCAUUCACAAGGACAAAGAUAAACCUCCAAGCUUCACUCUUGUCCUUGAGACUUUGAGGCGUACCUUGACAGAUUACCAGAACAAGCUGGAAGAUGCAUCUAAUGAGCUAAAAAAAAUGACGUUUCUCUCUGAGAAGAUGGUAAAAGAGCUUGAUUCUUCCCAACACCAACUAAGAUCUCAAUUUCAAGAACUUCAGGAAGCACAAAAUAACCUUGGCAAUGCCAACAAAGAGUUAAAUCAUCUGCAAGCUAAGUGUGCAGAUAGAGAAUCUUUAAUAGCUACUUUAAAAAUGGAACUACAGAAUGUACUGCACUGCUGGGAGAAAGAGAAAGUGCGUUCUACAGAAUCUGAAAAUGAAAUCCAGAAGCUUACACAGGCUUACGAGAAGGAUACAGAGGAGAAGCUAACCUUCCUCCAUACUUUAUAUCAGCACUUGGUAGCGGGCUGUGUUCUCAUAAAACAACCCGAAGGCAUGCUGGAUAAAUUCUCCUGGCCAGAGCUUUGCACCGUCUUGCAGGAGAAUGUUGAUGCCCUGAUCUUAGACCUCAACAAGGCUAAUGAGAAGAUAUCUCACCUUGAAUAUGUUUGUAAGAACAAGUCGGAUACGAUGAGGGAGAUUCAGCAGACCCAAGAAGACACUUUUAACAAAGUAGCUGAACAGAUGAAAGCACAGGAAAGCUGUUGGCUGAAGCAGAAGAAGGAAUUGGAACAGCAAUAUUCUGGACUCCUUGGGGAAGUUCACGCAAGGGCACAGAAAUACCAAGAAAUGGCAGAAAAAGCCAAAGAGAAGUUCACUACUGCUGAAAAAAUGCAGGAGCAGUUAAUCCUUGAAAAUUCGCACUUUAAAUCCAUGUUGACUCAGACUCAAAAGGAACAUACAUCUCUGCUGGCGGCUUGUGCGCUGUUGUCUGGUGCCCUGUAUCCCUUGUACAGCCGAUCAUGUGCCUUGUCCACACAAAGGGACUUCCUUCAGGAUCAGGUCAACACCUGUGAUGUGUUCAAGCAGGAGAUACGGACUCUGGCCAAUGCAUUGUCUGAGACCGAGGAAAGGAAGCAAAGCGAUGGCAAGGUGAAGAAGAAAAGGCACUACAAAGGCUCGAUACGCUUGUUCCGCAAAGGCGUCAUCGCCGUGCUGGCAGCCAAUAGGCUUCAAAUGCUGGGCCAGUCGUGCAGCUCCCUUUUCUCCUGGGUGGACAGCUUCAGAGAAGGCAUAGGAAUCUUAGUCUGCGUAGGAGACUCCAAGGAUGUACAUAACCUGUCAAGGCAACAGAAGGAACAGAUCCGUUCUCUUCAAGCAAUUAAUUGGUUUACCAGUCCUAGUCUUCUUGCUGCUAUCCUUAGUUCUAUGGUUGAGCUGCAUGAAGUAGUUAGCAAAACAGAUCUGAAUUCCUGGCUUUCGGGACAUUUACUUACUAGUGCAGCAAGAAAUUCUUUUUCAAAACUCAUGGACAAACUUGGUAUCGUGAUGGAAGUUACUUCACCGGACACCAGCAGGAGUAUUACCUACAUAGAGAAAGACUUGUUGGUUCAGAGACUGGCUCGUGGACUCCAUAAAAUAAAUGCACAGGCUCUUAAAGCAGGCAUAACUGAGAGGGCCCCUGCUACGAAGAGCAUAGCAUCCUUGCAGAAGCAAAUAUUUGAAUUUACACAAAGGCUGCGUACAGCAGAAGUGGAACGGCGGUCACUGCGCUUAGAGCUCACAGAAUUCAAACGGAAUUUGAAUGAGAUGAAGAAAGAGGCUGACAAAGCCCAGAGCCUGCAAGAGCAAUUAAAUACGUUUAAGCAAUCUAAAUUGAUCACCCACGAGAGGUUUGAAAGUGCAUGCGAAGAGCUAAAUAAUGCAUUGCUUCGGGAGCAGCAGGCACAAAUGCUUUUGAGCGAACAGGCACAGCAGCUACAGGAGCUGCAGUAUAAACUGGAAUUGCAUUCUUGCGAAGAAGCAGACAAAAACCAAACCCUAAGUGAAGCCGUAAAGAGUCUCUCCGAGGCAAAGAUGGAGCUGAGAAGAAAAGAUCAAUCUCUGCGUCAGCUCAAUAGACAUCUUACCCAGCUGGAGCAGGACAAGCGUCGACUGGAAGAGAGCAUCCAUGAUGCAGAGAGUGCCCUCCGCAUGGCAGCAAAAGAUAAAGAAUUAAUUGCUGGUCACAUGAAAUCAAUGGAAUCUACCUUUCAGAAUGUCAGAGAUCAGAUCUCGCUGUCACGGACUGCGGCAACCAGGAAUGACUUCACCCUGCAGCUACCUAAGCUGCACCUGGAGACCUUUGCAAUGGAAGGGCUGAAGGGCGGGCCAGAGGUUGUAGCAUUCCAGGCUAUGAUGGUAAGUUUUAUGGAUGUCUAUCAAAUUGCGGCCUCCAGAGUUUCCACACUAGAAAGAGAAAUAGCAUCCCACCGGCAGCACAUUACAGCUCUGAAAUCAGAACUCCAAACAGCUUGUCUUCGUGAAAAUGAAAGCUUGCGCUCAGAGUCACAAAACACUUUGAGCAUCCCUCCAGCUUCGAGAUCGUUACCUGAGAUGGACCAGAGUUGCAUCCCAAAUUUUUUGCCGCUGAAGGCUGAAUCAGAUUGUGAUGCCUCAUUCUCCUUCAUACACAAUAGACCUCAUUCGCAAGCUUCUUCAUCCUAUUCCUCGAACCUAAAUAUCACAGCCACCACUAAACGAGCUAUGCAAAAUGGGUGUUAGGAUUUGCUAUUUUUAACACAUCUGCGUUCCAAACUGAGCUGGGAGGAGGGACGUAACCAACAUUCACUGGAGGAUUUGGUUUUUUGAUUUAAAUAUUUUCUUCUAAUCUCAUGCUUCCUCUUUGACUUGGCAGCGCAGUGGAAAGAAAAACAAUGUCGUCCCGCUACAUUGUUUACAGCCUGUCAAGAGGAGGAAUUUGGUUACCUUUCCCAAACGGUGUGUUGCCGGGUUGUUGUUUUUUAAUCUCCCAGCCAUUUACUUUGGGGCUUCAUUUUAAGGGCAUGACAUGACCGACCAUGGUGAGAAACCACCGAAGAAUAAAAAUCAGGAUGAAAUAUGGGGGUUGAAUCUGUGCUGCUAUUUAAUACAAUUUUUUGAAAUUGUUUUCUUAGCUUGCGGUGGCAGAAAUUCUCUGCAAGUGAUACAUCCUGUAGCAUUAAGGAACAUGUAAUCCCCCAACUUGGAGACGCACAACUCCAUGAAUGACAGGUUCAUGGGUGUUUAGGGAACACUUCGCCCAUUUUCUACCCCACUGCAGUGGGGAACAGCAUUCAGUAUUUUAAGAUGAAAAAUACAGAACUCCACUUCAAGUUAUGAACAUGUUUAAUGAGAGGCAGCCAAUUUAGUGCACUCUGAAACAGGGGCUUCUGUAAAGCUCCAAUUGCUUUGCUGGAGGGUGAGGAACAUUUUAACCCUAAAGGCAUUUUUAGGUAGACAGGGG